AUGCAUAUGAUCGCUGGAACCAUUGCGGUAGCAUUACUAGUUGCUUCCGCAGCCGCGGCCCCUGUGGAUCAGUUGUCCGUAGACAAGUUAUCACCAAAGACUGAGGUUGAGAAGGCUACAUACUGGGAUCUCUUAGGCAAAAGGAUCAUUGCAGAGUUGGAUCUUAUGGUCCCUCGAGGUGUACCUGUGAUGGCUAGCCAUGGUAAAGAUGAUGAUAACGACAAGGAUGACGACGAGUAUGAUGAUGAUGACGACGAUGGCCAUCACCAUGGCGACGAUGACCAUGACGACCAUGAUCACUGGAAAGAAGUGAAGACUCGAGGCCACAAAGACCAUGACGAUGGCCAUGACGGUGAUCAUGAUGGCGACCAUGACCACGAUGGUGACCACGAUGACCAUGACCACCAUGGUAAGGGUAUGAAUGCCAGAGGCCACAGAGACCAUGACGACCACGAUGGUCACGAUGAUGACCAUGACCAUGACCAUCACCAUCACCACAAUAAGAGUGUCAAAGCUAGAGGCCAUGGAGGACACUGGGACGAUGAUGAUGACCAUGAUGAUGAUGAUCAUGACGGUCACGACGACGACGAUGAUCACCAUCAUCAUAGGGGCAUCAAAUCUAGAGGCCACAAAGAUCAUGACCAUGAUGAUGAUGACCACGACGACCACGAUGAUGAUCAUCAUGAUGAUGACCACCAUAGAAAGAGAUGCCUCAAGUGUAGAGGUUAUGGAGACCAUCACGAUGACCACGAUGACCACAAUGAUGAUGAUGAUGAUGAUGAUGAUAAUGAUGAUGACCACCAUGACCGAAAAUAA